AUGAGUCUUCCCACUUUGAACAAAUACCACAAAAAGCCUUAUCAGGCCAUUGACCCCACUCUCCCUGCCCUUCAGCAGACAGGUAGGACAGUCAUUGUCACUGGAGGCAAUAGUGGCAUCGGGUAUGCUAUCGCUCGCAGCUUUGUCAAGGCGAAUGCUGCCCGUGUCAUUAUCCUUGGACGUCGAAAAGAUGUAGUCGCAUCUGCAGCUGCCAAACUUCAAGAAGAGGGCUAUCAAUUUGGCAGUGGCACUUUUGUCGACGUCCUAGUCUUGAGCGCUGCAAGCUAUGGCUCUACCGAGACAAUUCUUGAUGGAGGUAUGUCCAAGGUCUGGGGUGACUUUGAGUCCAAUGUACGAAGCACUCUAGAUAUGACAGAGCGAUUUUACAAACAAAAGGCAGCAGACCCAGGCCAAACCAAGUUUCUGGUCAACAUCUCAACCUGUGCGGCUUACAUGUGGUCAACAAUGGGUCCUGACCGCCCGACGUACGGGCUGACCAAAAAUGCGAGCACUCUCCUCCUGCAGCAGAUCGCACAGGAUACCAAGCACACUGAUAUGCAGAUUAUUAGUUUCCAUCCAGGUGGCAUUUUGACCGACUCUGCCAAGAGGGUUGGUGGCGAUAGCCUGAAGGGCCUUGUCUUUGACGAUGAAAACCUUCCAGGUCAUUUCUCUGUCUGGGCAGCAACGCCUGAAGCUAACUUUCUUCAUGGCCGCUUCGUCUGGGCUAAUUGGGACGUUGAUGAACUGAAGACUGGUCCUGUACGUGAACAGAUUGAUACUGAUGAGCACUUUCUCAAGGUUGGCGUGGAGGGAUUAUCCGAGAAGAUGGGAGGCAUGAUUAUGACUUAG